UCUGAUUCUUCUUUUGGGUUGGUGUUGUCUUCGGUUUUAGCGGGCAGACCGCCGACUUGUAACAUCUUCGGGCAGCAGUAUGCAUUUAACAUGUUCUCCCAUAAUGCUCCGAUUACUGAGAAUGGUUAUAAUGAAGAGGAGGUGAAACUUGUUAAAGAAACAAGGAAGAUCUGGAAUGAUACAGAUGUCAAAGUAACGGCGACGUGUAUACGUGUUCCGGUUAUGCGUGCUCAUGCAGAGAGUGUGAAUCUACAGUUUGAGAAUCCCCUGGCCGAGAACACAGCAAGAGAGUUGUUGAAGAAAGCACCAGGAGUUUAUAUUAUAGACGACCGCACUUCUAACACAUUCCCUACUCCACUUGAUGUCUCUAACAAGGACGAUGUCGCGGUUGGUAGGAUCAGGCGAGACGUGUCUCAAGAUGGCAAUUACGGGUUGGACAUAUUCGUAUGUGGAGAUCAAAUACGCAAAGGAGCUGCUCUCAAUGCUGUUCAGAUCGCUGAGAUGCUCCUUUGAUUUCGAUUCCCUCACUUGGCAUGACAUCUCUGUAUCAGAUUUGAGCGAAGACUUUUGUCUCUUUUUUUUUUGUUUCCCUUUGACGAAUUUUUGUUACUUUUUUAUACACGAAUUUGUCUCUCAAAAUUAAUCCAUCCCUACGCUU